AUGGGCAACUACUCCCACUCAGAUUCAUCCGUGUCCUCUCUGGGCUCCUCGCCUCGCUUGAGCGCCCUCGACACGAAAUCCGACACACAAUCAUCAUCGUCAUCAACCGAAGACGUUGAGUCCGGCUACGCAUCCGCAACAUCAUCCACAAUGACGCUGCCAGCCGUGACCUUCACACCCUACCACCUGAAGUGGCUGAACAGCCAGCUGGAGAACAUGCACCCCAUGGACAUCCUACGCUUCGUCAAGGUCCUCUUCCCCAACCUCUACCAAUCAACGGCAUUCGGCCUCACGGGGCUCGUCACGCUGGACAUGCUGUCCAAGUUGCAAAAGGAGAACCCCAGCUCCCAGAACGUCGACAUGAUCUUCCUCGACACACUGUACCACUUCAAGGAGACCCACGAGCUCAUUGACCGGGUGCGGGCGAAGUACCCCAACGUCAAGCUCCACAUCUUCAAGCCAGACGGCUGCGACACGGUGGAGGAGUUCGAGGCCACAUACGGCGAGAAGCUGUGGGAGGUUGCUUCCGAGAUGUACGACUGGUACGCCAAGGUGGAGCCGCAGCAGCGGUCGUACACGGAGCUCAACGUCGCCGCCAUCCUGACGGGCCGGCGGCGGUCGCAGGGCGGGCAGCGCGACCAGAUCCCCGUGAUCGAGGUCGACGACGAGCGGGGCGUGGUCAAGAUCAACCCCAUGGUGAACUGGAGCUUCGACCAGGUGCAGCAGUACGUCAAGGAGAACGACGUGCCCUACAACGCGCUCCUGGACCAGGGGUACAAGUCUGUCGGCGACUGGCACUCGACGUCCCCCGUCAAGGCGGGCGAGGACGAGCGGGCCGGCCGGUGGAAGGGCCAGAACAAGACCGAGUGCGGCAUCCACAACAAGAAGUCCCGCUACACCCAGUACCUCGAGGAACUCGAGCGCAAGCGCAAGGAGGAGGAGCUGGCCCAGGCCUUCCAGAAGAACUCUGGGCGGCAGGCCGCAGCCUCGCCCGCCGUUCAAGUCUCGUCAUAG